AAACAUCAGCGAGGAAAUGCUGAGCACCUUGUCUCGAGAAGACUUGCGGGAUCUUUUUCCAGGCCCAGAGAACUUUUUUCGGAGAAAAGCAGUGUGGAGUUUGUGUCAUGAUGUGUCAGAGGAUGUCAGUUUCUUAGUCAUAUGACUUAAAAUAAUCACCAAUUAUUAUUCUGCAUUGCUGUUCAUCGUAACACAAUUAAAUUGUGCAUUUUCCACUUCCACAUUAUCUUUCAUGUUGCAGCAAACUGUCCAAGAACACUCUGGAAAUUCCUUGAUUAAUGAUUCACCAAUGCAAAAAACAUUGACUCCUUUAAAAGCAAAGCCUGCAAAGUACACAACCCCUGAAAAAGUUGUGAAGUUAUCAUUCCCGGAAUAUGUGUUGCACACCGACACUGAACUUGAGCAAGUCCGAAAACAGUACUUCGAGUUGUCUAAAACGGGCUUAGAAAGCACCUGCCAUAUGUCAAAGGAACUCAGAUGCAGACUCAUCCGAAACACCAUGACCAGUAUGAUGGCAAUUCUGAGGGCAAGAGGGGAUGAAGGAUCAGACAGAUACCCAUCAAAACCAGAAAUUACAGCAAUGGCAAAAAGAAUAGUACAAUAUUACCCAAUGCUGCAGGAUAAAGGCCUGAAGAAUACAUGGGUCACUGUGUUUACACAGCUGUACAAACGACUGCAAAAUGUGAGAUCUCCCCAAAAACGCAAAAAAGAUGGGAGUCAUUCAAAGAGCUCUACAAAGAGGCGUCAUCUCGAACACCCAGAUGACACUGAUGAAAUUGAUUCAAACGACUCAACAGUGAUUCUGGAUCUCUCCACGGAGGGUAGUAGCAGUUCAGACCCCAGCAAUAGAGAAAGAGCUAACAAGCCUGCUGAUAGUGCCAGUCCAGAUGCGGCCAGUCAAGCAACCUUGGCCAAGCACUACAAGGCCCUACAGGCUUUGUUUAAAAGAAAAAAUCCAAACUACCAGGAUGUUUCUCAUCUUCUGGAUUUGGAAUUUGCAGCCAGAAGAUUAUUCAUUGACUCGGAUACCAUUCGUGAGGAGGACAGACCUGAAAAUAUUCUCGAAGCUUAUCCCUGUUUUAAGGACAUUGGACAUGUAAGUCAUUAUUGA